UUUAAUACGUUACGCGCCUUUUUCUGGUUGACGAUAAUGUGGGCAAUCAAUUUGUUUGUGGUCACACUGCUGUUGAUCUAUCUGGCAGCCCUGGCGCACAGCUGUUCUUGCGGCGAAGCGGCGAAUUUAGAGUGCGGAUGCACAAAAAAUCACUAA